AUGUUCUCCCACGAAUCAGCGAGCUCGUGUAGCAGCGAACAACUUUCACUCGGCGUCGAAGACGCGGAUUUCAGACUGAUCCAGCUGACAACAGUGCCAGAUGUGCCCAGAAGCAAGUUUCGAGGCUCUGGCCUGCCGAAGUUCGCAGCAACAUUGAAAGUGUCCAAGUUCGAUAUUCAGAUCAAGGGCAAGCGAUCAUUCGCUGAUCGCUUCGCCGGCGUGAUGCUCUUAAGCUGCAAAAGGCCAGUGACGACAGAGGAGCUACUUGAACCCCUUUUCAAGCGCACUCGGCAUGAUGUCUUCAUGGCGGGGCCGGAGGAGCAUGCACUGACCGCCGCACAGGAGGCUUCUGCUUGCGAUGCCGCCUUUGUGGAAGCGGCAGCAGCCGCGAUUGAAGAAGCAGAGUAUCGUCGGAUGCCUGAUGAUGUACAGGAUCAGCCCGCACUGAAGCGGCUUCGUGGCAUGAUCGAAGGUCCAAGUGGCGCAGCCGCCUCUUCCAAUGAGGGCGGCCUGAACAAGGAUGAGGCUUUGGUUCGGCAAUGGGCUGAAGACCUGGUGAAAUCACUUCACGGUUGUCCGUCGGUUGAGCAGGCUGUGCAACGAUGCAGUGCUGCUUUGACAGGCUUCGGAUCACAGGUGCGUUCAGCUACCUUGCGUGAGCUGCCACGGCUCGAUCGUGAGCAGCAUGCUUCACAGCGUGGUCCCAUGAUGCUGGCCAGUGCGCCUGUGAAGAGGCGAUCUCCGCCCUGUCUCAGAUGCCAGCGCCUUUCCACCUAUGCAUGCAUUCUGGUCCUUGGCAUUAGCGCGACGCAGUGCCACAGCUGGCUCCGACUAUGGUUGGCUUCUGAGCCGCAGGAUGCUGCAGUCAAGAUGAGGACACUGCCACGACAGCUCUUGCGCCAUGAAGGGCAAAGUGGAAGCUCGAGACAGGUUGAUGCUGCUUUCGCCUCUGAAGCGCCGCGGGGCCUUGAAGAGCAGUUCUUGGAGCAUCAGACCACACUACCAAUGCUGAUGGCUGUCAUCCUUCUUUGCACGGGCCUGAUGCUGCGCCAGGACGCUAUCAUCAUCUUUGCUUUGUUUCAGUUUUUCUGUGUUAUGAACUCGCGCUCCAUCCUACAGUGUUUGGCUGCGUGGAAGCGUGUGUCCUCUGACAUGCUCGAGAUCUAUGGUGACUUUGUGGUUGUACAACCCGUGCCGGCCAAGUCCUUGACUUCAGGCGUGGCUUAUGUGCUGGGCGAUCUCAUCGCACAGAGAGUAGAAGGCGAGCCUGUGAUUAACAUUUGCCGAUGCAUGCACAAUGGCAUCACGGGUUUGAUUUUGCAUGGGCCAAUUUUACAUUUUUGGAUUCUCUUCCUGGAAGGACCAUUCUCCCAGCUAUUUAGCAAUGGAGAUUGUCUCCUAGCGGUUGUGGCGAAAGUUGCCAUGGACCAGACCCUGUUCUCUGCAACCCUGAACGCUGCGUACGCGCUACUUCUGGGCAUUCUAGCAGGUAAGACCCUUCAGGAAAGCAUGUCGCACAUGCGACGAACCGUGCCUCCGGCGAUGUUCUCCAGUUGGCGCUUUUGGCCGAUUGUUCACCUAGUGACGUAUUCCCCAUUCAUGCCGAUUCAGUUCAAGGUUUUGUGGAACGACAUUGCCGAGGUUGUGUGGGUUGCGAUCCUCUCCUACAUUGCAAAUGUGCAAGCGCUGAAUGUGAAUACAUCAAAAGGUCCCUCUGGCAAGCAAGGCAAAGUUAGCUUGAGUGCAGAAGAACUACGGGAAGAGUUGCGCCCGAAUGCUGUAGAGGCAGAGGCGACGUGCUCACGCCUCCAGCACACGAACAAGGUCCUGCUGAAGGCUGUUCAUCACUUGGCCGGUCGAUGUCGCAAGCUUGAAGGUAGCUCAAGUGAGGUGCAGUCACUGCGACAGGCUCUGGAGCAGUCGCAGGAAACACAACGAAAGCUGCAGCACUCGAACCAAGUUCUUCAGGAGCACCUGAAAGUGCACUUGAAUGGAUGUGCCGGCUGCCUGCUCUUUUUGACGCAGCCAGCGAUCUACUGCCGACCCGUCGACAAGACCGACAUGCAAAAGGAGGAUCUGGACAGCAGCUUUGAUUCCAAAGAGGAUCAUGAGCUCUACAAGAAGCUUAUGCUGGAGCGGACAAAGCUUCAGUACAAGGCGGAGGAGAAGAAGCGUCAAACAAAGGCGCUGCAAGUCCGUCAAAGCUCACAAAAUUUGGAGGACCGGGAGCGUGGUUUUCAGCUCCAUUUUGCUGGUGCCAACGAGCGAAGGCUUGCCGAGGCCAGAAAGCGAGAGCUUCAGCCUUCCCACACGAAGGAGCAAGGCAGAAGCGAAGAGUUGCACUCGGGAAAGGAAUGGCAAGUCCGGACGGUUGAAUUGCGGGGAAAGGUCGUCGCCGCAACUGCAGAUGAGGUCACGACUGCCUUAAAUCGAUUCUGCUCCGUAGUGAUCGACGCACACGUGGGACCCAGCCUAGAGGAUCUUGGUGGUCAGGUUCGGAAUUUGGGGAUGAACAUGGAGAGGCUGUCCGACAAGGUUUCCAGUCUUGAAGCGCUGCUUCAGGAGAAGAAGUGUGAGGGCCAGCAGCUGGAGCGCAAGCUGGCCGAUCAGCAAGAGAAGGUGCAUUCCAUCGAAAAGGCCACAGGAGAUCGCAUCACACAGUUGCAAACGAUGGUGAACUCCAUUCAUGAUGAGCAAAGUCGAUUGGACAGGGCUCGGGCUGAGCAGGAUCAACUGUUGGAAAGCAUCAACAUGUCUGCCAUGGAUGCUGGCUCGCGCGCUUCUUCGGCAGAGCAGAAUAUACGAGCUGGCAUGGAGCAGCUUCAAAAGGUGGAAGCCAUGACAUCACGGCUGGAGAAAAAGCUCGAUGGAAUGGAACAGGAAGUUGCAUCAAAAGCCGGAAGUUUGGAGCAUCAACAGGUGAAGGUCUGCCUGUCAAGCGUGCAAGAGUCCAUGGCUGGACUCGUCCGUGACAUUCAGGACAAGGCGUCCGCACCACAGGUCCAACAGCAAAAGACGCUUCUCAUAAGCUUGGAGGCACAGCUUGCGGACCUCGGGCGACAGCUGCACGACAAAGCCACAGCCAGUCAGGCCCAGCAGCUCAAGGCCGCUCUGGAGGCUUUGCAGGGAAGCGUUGCCAGUCUUGAUGCCGAGGUCCAGUGCAGAGCAACUGCCGACGCACUUCAGCAGAUGGCUUCAUCAGUGUCGGUGACGGCACAGAAGAUCACAUCGUUCGAGCAGACAUUGCACAGCAAAGUGGACACGGCACAGCUCGACCAACUUGCUGACGUCAUCGCAGUCGUGCAGGCCAAAGUCCCGGGACUGGAGCAAGACUUGCGCUGCGGCGCAGGUCGGAUCGAAGAACUGGAGGCCGUUGUAUCAGGGUGUCAGAAGAAAACAUCCCAGACAGAGGCACAGCUCCAGAACAAGGUAGAUGUGAAACAGCUGCAGCAGACCGAGAACAGCUUGGCGACGCUUCAAAACCAUGUUGCGCAAGUUCAGCAAUGCUUGGGGGAGAAGGCCGGUACAUCAGCUCUGCAAGGCGUCAAGUCCAGCCUUGGGGCCCUGGAGGGCAAACUGGGCGAGUUCGAGCAAUCCAUGCAGGAGAAAGCUAGCAACAACAACCUUCAGCAGCUGAAGCAGGCUUUGUCGAUGGUGGAAACGAAGCUGUCUGGCGUGGAUCAGGCAGUUCAUGAAAAAGUUGGGGCUGGUCAAAUGCAGCAGCUGAAAAGCAUUGUGAUGGGAAUCCAGAACCAGGCAAACUCCUUGGAGCAGAGCGUGCAUGACAAGGUUGGUGCUGAGCAAAUUCAGCAGCUGAAGGCGGCAGUGGCUGGGUCUCAGGCGCAAGUGUCAAGCAUUGAACAGCAGCUGCAAGAAAAGGCUAGCGCUGGUCAGCAGCAGCAGCUAAAGACAACAAUCACAACCUUGGAGGCAAAGCUGCUCAGUUGCGACCAGGCACUGCAAGCAAAGGUGGAUGGAGUUCAAUGGAAUCAGCUAAGUGACUCUGUUGGCGUUGUUCAGAACAAGGUUUGCAACAUUGAAAGAGGCGUUUGGGAAGGAAUGGACUGCGUUCAA